AUGGAGGUGGAGGAGGAGGGAAGACGCUCUCCACACAAUCGUGGGGACCCGUGUGUUCCCGAAAGCUUCUUUGAUCGCGUAACGCAAGCGUUGCGCGGCGAUCUCGAACAUGAGCGGGACAGGCGUCUCCAACUGGCGGACGCUGUAUCGAAGCAUCGAGCUGAGUUUGCCUUUGCUCAGCUGGAGAACGAGAGAGCUCUGACAUCUCUUCGUGACGAGCUAAGGAUAGCUCGUGGGAUUGUUGAUCGGUCUCGGGAUGAGAUAACCGCUCUUCAGACCCUUGUCGAUGCCAACCAUCGGGAGCACAAGUCUCUCUGCGAGAUGCUUGAGCGCAAGGGCGUUCUUCAUCGGAAGAAGCAGCGUACUGAUGGCACGGCUUAA